GUAAAUAAAUAAAUUUUGAGAUCUUGAAUAAGAAAACUGGAAAUACAUUAUCAUAAGGAAAUGAUUUAAAAUAAACUAAAUAAAGUUUUGCAGAUUUCAAAAUCUAACAUCCUUAAAAGAAAAGUUAACUAGUUUAGAGGUAAUAAAACUGAUGAAGUUUGUCUUGAAAUAUUUAAUUACUACAUAAAUUAGAUUGUAUAACAUUUUAUAAUAGGAAACAAUCAAGGCAUUUAAGAUGAAAUAAACUUCCAAAGAAAUAAGUAAUGUGUUAAUGAGAAUCGAAGAAGAAAGGAAGGAGGGAUCACUUUCCUAUAUCUAGACAUUUUGUUCAUCAAAAAGCAGAGAAUUUUAGACUAGAAUAAUAAAUUAGGGCUCUAAAAGCUGAAAAAACUGUCCUUCAAUAAUAAUUACUUGGGUUCAAAGAAGAAUUGGCGAAGUUGAACUUCAAGCUGGAAAAGAGUAUGCAUG